AGAGAAGUCAAGGGUUCGGAGCUUCCCGUCUGGUCCUCAUUUUUAGGAAGGAAAAAAGACAAGAUGCAUAAAUUGACGGCCAUUCAGAUUGGAGUGCUGGUUUUCGCCAUUUGCUAUUCCGCCAUGAUGGUGUCUGAAGGACAAACUACUGUAUCUAACCCGGCCACCACUGGGAACAACCCCACAGGAAACUCCACCACAGAUGCCCCCACCUCUGGGAACAACACCACGGGCAACUCUGCCACGGAUGCACCCACCUCCAGCAACAACAGCACGAGCAACUCCACCACAGAUGCACCCACCUCUGGCAACUCCACCACUGGAAACAAUACUACUGGCAACCCCACCACAAACAAACCCACCAGUGGGAACAACCCUGUCACAAGCCCAGGCUCUUCUACCGGAGCAGCAACCACCACCAAUUCCGCACCCAGCAGGCCACUUCCAGCUGGCACUUUCUCCUCCUUGUUGGCGGCCAUCCUGGCAGCUACGCUGCUGUUUCACCUGUCGUGGUGAAACUGCACCUGCGCCUCAAGGAACUCAUUAGGUACCACAGGGAACAUCUGGACUUAGAUAUUCUUCCCUAAAAUAUGUAUCUUUUCAGGGUGGUUUGACUCUCCAGGUCUCGGGUUCUACUGCCCUCUGACAUGCUAUCUAUAAUUUGGUUUCUGCUUUCGGCAAGUCCUCCACCUCAGCUUCGAUGCUCCUUCCUAGACACACUGAUCCUCUUCCAGUGCUCCGGAGAUGUAACAGCAGCAGGUGUCAGUUCCGCCUUGUGAUUUUUAAAAACCAGUCUUUUAUAAUGAGGGUUUGAUUGACAUCCUUCGUCUUCCAGAAACCCACCUGUAGUUUUUAUUUUGUAUAGAAAAUGUUUGUAAGUUUGGGUGUAUGGUGAUGGAAAAAUUCACUGAGGAAUAAAAAUGAAAAAAUCCUGCUGAUUUUUGUGGUCUUGUU